CAAGCUCUGGAUAGACUACUUUGUGAAGCAUAUCCAGUAGUUGUAUUGUGUUUAGCCUUUUUAUAUAAACAUGGACCCAUAUAGAAAUUCUAGAAAAUUUGUGUUAAUGCUGUUGAAUAUUAUUCAGAGCUUGCCAGAGACAGCCGAGUUCUGACCCAGAAACCUGUUUUCAAUGUAGUGAGGCUGAUGCGUGCAUUGAGGGGUAGUAUGAGCAGUGUUCGCUGGGUGUUUGACAGUGGGAGUUGGAAGCCUAUGCAGUCGGAGUGGAUACGAGCUGCCCAGUGUGUCCAACCAGAGGAGAAACAGCGCAUCGGCAAGUUUGUCUUUAAGAGAGAUGCUAAAGCUUCCAUGGUUGGGAGGCUGAUGCUACGAAAGAUGAUCCACCGAGUAACAAAGAUUUCAUACAAGGACAUCCACCUAUCUCGCACAGACAAAGGCAAGCCAUUCCUGACUAACACCUUACCUGAAGGUGUGCAGGGACUCAGUUUUAACGUUUCUCACCAUGGCAAUCUGGUUGUGCUGGCUGGGGACACAUUGGGGAAUGUGGGGGUCGAUGUGAUGAAACUGAGUGCUCCAGUUGGUGCAAGAUCUAUUAGCGAGUUUUUCAACACAAUGCAGCGCCAGUUCACAGAGGAAGAGUGGCGAUGUAUACGACAAGGGCAGGAUGAUGAAGCUCAACUCGCCAUAUUUUACAGACUAUGGUGCCUCAAGGAAAGUUAUGUGAAAGCCCUGGGUGUCGGGAUAGGGUUUGAGGUGAAAAGGUUGAACUUCGACCUCCAUGACCCCUUGACAGAGGAGGGCAAGAUGGUAACCUCUACAACACUACAUGUAGAUGGAGAGGGGACGAGAGGCUGGGGCUUCCAGGAGACACUUCUCGAGGGUCACUGUAUUGCUGUGGCUCACAGAAAAGAUGAGGGAAAGGAAAUCAAUGAUAAAACAUCAGCUCCCUUCUCGUUUCUUACUUACGAUGAACUGUUGGAAGGAACUGAACUUCUUAGUGACCCAGAUGAGUCAUAUGGUCAAGCAUUCAUUCACAAAGAUGAGGACCCAUUUGCAUCAAGAAAGAAACCAAAUUCUUGAUAGAAGUGUAUUUGUAGAUUAACUUUGUGAAUAUCUAAUUGAAGUUAUUGUUAAUUCUAUGAAGUUAUUGUUAAUUCUAUGUAUUUAGCAGGACAUGUUAAGUUGAUACUUAUACAUGUUGUGCUGGUUUGUGCUUUAAUAGUGGUUUUAAGAAUUUCAUAAUAAAGUCAAACUACAAGUAAGGUCUGAUUCAUUUUACUGGUUCACAUGUGGGCAACUAAUUGAUAAAUAAGAGUAAAUGUUUACAUUCAUGGGAUCAACUACACGAUUGCCUUAUAAAACAGCGAAAAACCAGCACCCUUGAAAAAUUGGUCUGCAUUGGGCAGAUAGGUAACACAUAUCUUGAUUGUAAC